AUGACCAUCCUUGUUGGUCGAGCGCUCAAUUGGGCUAUUACAGCCACUGCCGGCUCGGGAUUCCUCCUGUUUGGCUACGACCAGGGCGUCAUGUCCGGCUUGUUGACGGGCCAAGCCUUCACCUCGACCUUUCCCGAGAUCGACACGGACAACGGCGGCAGCGCCUCGCUGCAGGGCACCGUCGUCGCCAUCUACGAGAUUGGCUGCUUUUUCGGCGCCCUGUUCUGCCUCGUGGCCGGAGAGAGGCUGGGCCGACGCUGGUCAAUCAUGCUUGGCUGCGUCGUGCUGGCCACCGGGGCAGCUCUUCAAGCGACCGCGUUCUCGAUCCCCCAUAUGAUUGUCGGUCGCAUUGUCGCUGGUCUUGGCAAUGGCAUGAAUACAUCUACGAUCCCCGUGUGGCAUUCCGAGCUUUCUAAGCCCAAGAACCGCGGUAAAGGCCUUGCUAUUGAGCUCGCGGUCAACAUUUUCGGCGUGGCUUUGUCUUAUUGGGUCGAUUACGGCAUGUCAUUUGUCAUGAACGACUCUCAGUUCCGAUUCCCGCUGGCCUUCCAAAUAUUCUUCGCCAUCCUCACUUUCUUCGGUAUUCUGAUCCUUCCCGAGUCGCCACGAUGGCUCAUCGCACACGACCGUUUCGAAGAGGCCAAGCACGUUCUUUGGGCAGUACAGGACGACGCCAAGCAACGUACCGAGGAGGAUCCCAUUGUGAACCGCAUGCUCUCCGAGAUCCAGGAGACCGUCAGAGAGGAGCGAGAGGCCGCCAGCACCGGCAGUUUCAAGGCCAUGUUCAAGAAUGGCGAGCAAAGGUUCUUGUACCGCACCAUGUUGGGUAUUGGAGGCCAAUUCUGCCAACAGCUUUCUGGUAUCAACCUCAUCACCUAUUAUGCUCCUGUGAUAUUCCAGAAAUCCGUGGGCAUGUCUCAUAACCUGUCCCUUCUGCUGGCUGGGUUUAAUGGGAUUGCAUAUUUCUUCUCAUCACUCAUCCCCAUCUGGAUUAUUGACCGCCUCGGUCGACGCAAACUGAUGCUUUUCGCAGCUGCAGGACAAUGUGCAUGUAUGGCGAUCCUGGCCGGCACAGUCUCGGAUGGCAGCAAGGCUGCAGGUAUCGUUGCUGUGAUCAUGCUGUUUCUGUUCAACUUCUUCUUUGCUGUCGGACUCCUGGCUAUUCCCUGGCUCUUGCCGGCUGAAUACGCGCCCCUUGCUAUCCGUACACGGGCAGCGGCAUUGGCCACUGCGUCCAACUGGAUAUUUACGUUUCUCGUCGUUGAGAUCACGCCGGUAUCGAUUGAUAAUAUUGGAUGGCGCACCUACGUCUACUUUUCUGUCUUCAACUUCUGUUUCAUCCCCAUGAUCUACUUCUUCUACCCUGAGACGCAGUGGCUCAGUUUGGAGCAGAUUGACAAAUUGUUCACUGGACCUAAGGUCCUCCUCAAGUGGGACAACAGCAUGGGUGUUCCCGGAGAGCUGGAGAAUCGGGAGAAGGAGGACGCUGCCGGUGAGACC